AUGAGCUAUCCGAACAAACCAGACCUCGUCUCUCUCGACCAGUAUUACUGCGUCGAGCUCCCUCGUCUUUUCACGAGAGACCCUAACCCUUAUCUCACCACCUCCGAGCUUUCUCAGCUCAUGAAAUGGAAGCUCUCUCGCGGCAAAUGGAGUUUUGGCAAUUUUGGCUGCUUAAGCGCCCGACAUUGCUCCGUUUAUGUCCGACGAGAAUGUGAUGCAUCGGUGCUACUAGACGCAGAUGAAUCUCUUACUUCUGAUAAAGAAGCGCCGCCGAAUCAGUCUUUGAAAGGUUCAGAUGUGAUUGAAUCAAUCAAGUCUGAGCUUGAGAGUGUAUGUCCUGGUGUUGUUUCCUGUGCAGACGCUCUUGUUUUGGCUGCUAGAGAAGCCGUCCUUAUGGCUGGUGGUCCGUUUUAUCCGCUGGAAAAUGGAAGAAAGGACAGUGUAGUUGCCUUCAAAGAAAUGGCAGAACGUGAGCUUCCUACACCUCAAGCUACUAUCUCGGUGAUUCUUGCAAGGUUUGGUACUAGCGGAUUCUACAAGAGAGAAACCGUCAGCUUAUUUGGUAGUCCUCACUUCCUUGCUAUCAACAGCUCUCACCAUGCUUUUGCUAUACACAUGAUCGUGUAUUGGAUAACUCUUUGUGGCUAUACAACUUCUCAGGAACCGGGAAGCCUGACUGAACUCGAUACAGGGUUACAGCAAGAACUGAAAACCAAGUGCCCCUUCUCUGCCUCGGCGCCAUCCCCUAGCUCUGGACAGUCCAUACCUACAUCAGAUUACGAUACUGUGAGCUCAGCAGAGGGAAACGAUGGCAUGAUAGAUAUGAGCUACAACAACAGAGGAGGUGAGGAAAAUUUCAGAACACGCUAG